AUGGACAACGCUUCGAAGAACAAGAACGCCGCCAACAAGCUACGCCUGGAGUAUCCGCAUAUCUUCUUCACCAACUGCGCCGCCCACUGCCUAGAUCUCAUGUUGCACGACAUCGGCAAAAUCCCUGCUAUAAAGCACGUCCUUGCGCUGGUGCACAGCGUAGUGAUGAUGAUCAAAGGCUCCGCUUCAGCCGUCGUGUUGUUCCGUGAGCUUUUUACCAAGCUCUCGUUGGUGCGGCUGGGUGCAACGAGAUUCGGCACCCAGGUCAUCAUGCUCGGCAGGUUCCUGGAGGUGAAGCGCGCGUUAAGAGUGAUAGUAAUCAGCGACCGAGGGGAGGGCAGGCUGGGCUCUCACAAUGCCCGUUGGGCAGCAACGACCUUGGUGGAGGCGGGGCGCAUGAUGGAUGCGGAAUGGUGGUUCCCGUUUGGUAGGGAUGUGCAGGCGCCCCAAGGCUUGGCUGUGACGUCACUCUCACAGCCAGUCACCUCCUCCGAGGUGGAGCGCUAUUGGUCGGCGCUGGCACGUGUGCAGAGUCGGGACCGGAACUGCCUCACGGCGCAGAAGAUGACUGACGUCACCUUCGUCGCCUUCACCCGGCGGGCCUGUGAUGCCUAUGAUCGAAAGGCAGCGCUGAGCUCCAAGCUCUAUUCGGACCUGGGCAACGGCACCCUCAGAGAGGCUGCCAUCAACCCGGCCGAAGUGGAGGAGGAGGAAGGGGAUGCUGAAGAGGAGGGACAAGUGGAGGAGGAGGAAUACACCAUUGAUUGGUCGGAAUUUGGAAGCAUCGGCAAGAAGAGGAAAGGGAAGGCGGGUGAGUCAUCUAAAGGGAAGAAGAAGGGGAAGGGCAACGGUGCAUGCAGUGGAGAGGGGAAAGGAAAAGCACGGGAUGCGGAAGAGGAAAGAGGAGGCGGAAGACAGCGGGGGUUCGUGAGAGUCUCUCAAGGCCACCCUCCCUUUCAUUUCGCCGUUCCCCUCGUUUAUUGCCCCUCCUGA